AUGUUCUUUACGAUUCCCGUACAGCGUGCGGCCCCGUUGCCGCCCUUUCAGGCCCCUCACGGCCCCUUCGCGGCCCCGUCGCCGCCCUUCCGCGGCCCCGUCGUCGCUCUUCAUCGGCCCCGUCGCCGCCCUUUCAGCGGCCCCGUCGCCGCCCUUUCAACGGCGCCGUCGCCGCCCACUCUUUCAACGGCCCCGUCCCCACCCUUUCAGCGGCCCCGUCGCCGCCCUUCUGCGUCGCCGCUCUUCAUCGGCCCCAUCGUCGCCGCCAGCGGCCCCGUCGCCGCCUCCAUCGGCCCCGUCGCCGCCACCAGCGGCCCCGUCGCCACCGCCAGCGGCCCCGUCGCCGCCACUUGCAGCCCCGACCCCGCCCCGGCCAUGCCCCGUCGCCAGCCGCGGCACACUGGGGGCACGUGCACCGCCCCCCCCCCCUUUUCCCGUCGUCCGUCGCGGCUCCUUCGGGGGCCGCACGCAACCCACUCAGGUCGCCUCAACAGGUGA